AUGCCAGCCGGAGCGCCUCUCGCUUCGCGAUGGGCAGACGACACCGAAGCAGUGGCGACGGCCGUGAAACAGGAUAAAAAGCUGACGGGCAAGCGAUUUUCAGGAGAGCCAGCGUCUCGCGAGAGCCACAGUCGAGAGAGCGACAACACUCAGUUUUCGGACUCUGUGGAGGAAGUGAGCGACGACUCGGAUUGGGAGAUUGUGCCUGUGUCGAAGGGGGCGCUGUCAAAGAGCGCUCAGAGACUUUUGCCGGUGACAACUUCUGCCGAGAGUCAUAAGACCACGGCGAAGCCAGAAGGGCGAGAAUCUCGAGAAUCUCAAGAGUCGGGACACAGUCCUAAAGAACGAUCAAAGGACAAACCAACUAAACCUAAGGAGAGCCGCAGGGAGCCCCAAAAGCCGCGCAACUCGCUGCUCUCGCGGAUAGAUCCCCAAUGGAAGGCGCCGCCGUUGCAGAGCCGAUAUGCCGACCCUGGACCGGGAGAGCGUUCCCGCCAGGAUAGAUCGAAACCUCAACGGUUGCGCGCGCGCGAAAAGGACAACCUCACGGCCAAGGCCCCGCGAAGCAAAAAACCUGCUACGGAAGCCGCUUCGCCAGACCCGUCGCUCAUCCAGAAGAAGAACGCUAUGGAGUUCGAGAAGAAGCUCGAGCAGUUCAAGCUGGGGUCCUCUACAGGCGACUGGGCAGACGACUUUGAGUGGUACUGA